AUGAAGAUCUCGACUCUCCUCGAUUCGGCCUUUCUCGCUUGCUGCGCUUGCGCAAACCCAGCGCCCGACCCGACUGCUGGUACUACUGCCGGCAAAUGUGUUUGCUUACGACUGCGUAUGCCCACCUCUGAACCUCGCAGUCGUGGGAUUAUGUGGGAUUGA